UCCUCUUCUCUUCCUUACUUCCCAUAGUAAGAGAAAGCCAGGAAGAGGCGACCCGCAGGAAGAGAACCUGCCAAGGUCCCGUCUCUCCCCUCCCUCUGGUGUAGAGCCAUGGCACGACGCUCCCAGAGCUCCUCCCAAGGAGACAACCCUUUGGACCCCAACUACCUCCCCCCGCACUACAAGGAGUAUUAUCGUAUCGCUAUCGAUGUCCUGACUGAAGACGGUCCCACGGGCUACGAUCGUUUCAUCGCUGAUGAGGGGGCUCCUGACUUUCUAUGCCCCUCUGAAGUUGACCACAUCUCCAAAACCCUUCAGAGACCCCCGGAGCCCACCCAGGAAAGCAUGUGCACAGACUCUGCCUACGGCACGCAGGAUGAUGCCGAUGGUUCCUCGGGGACCUACUGGCCCAUGCACUCUGACACCGCCGCCCCAGAGCUGGAUCUUGGCUGGCCAACCAUCUUUGGAUUUCAGGGGACGGAGGUGACCACACUGAUACAUCCAGCACCUGCGGAAAGCCCCACCAUCAAAGAAGAGGUGCGCAGGAUGAUCCGUUCUGCCCAGCAGGUCAUUGCGAUCGUAAUGGACGUUUUCACCGACGUGGACAUCCUCUCCGACCUGCUGGAUGCGGCCGCCCGCCGCGUCCCCGUCUACGUCAUCCUGGACAACAUGAACUCUGACCACUUCCUGGACAUGGCCGCCAAGUGCCGGGUCAACCUGAACUUCGUAGAGUUCCUCAGGGUCCGGACACUCUCUGGCCCCACCUACUUUUGCCGAAACGGCACCACCUUCAAGGGGAACUUGCUGGAAAAGUUCAUUCUGGUGGACUGUACGGUGGUCUUAAGUGGCACUUACAGUUUCAUGUGGUCAUUUGAGAAGAUCCACCGAAGCAUGGCGCACAUCUUCCAGGGCGAGCUAGUCUCCAGCUUUGAUGAAGAAUUCCGGGUCCUUUUCGCUCAGUCAGAACCCCUCAUUCCUCCUGAGGGCGCUUUACUAGCUAUGGAAAAGCCAUAUAUGGGAAUGGUUCCUUUCGCUGGCCCUCGCCCAUUGUACGAGCGAAAGCUGCAGUUUACGUUUCCCCGGGAAGACAGUUCUCAGAACUCAUUCAACUCCUUUGGGGUUGACCCUGACCGGCAUUUCCUUCACCAUGGCUUCAGGAGGGAAGACAUGAUGAGACAGACGAUGGAGAACGCGGCCAUGAGGAUGCAAGGGCAGGGCAUGAGGUUCCCUGACCCGGGACAGAUGUCUUUUAUGCAGAACAAACACCUGGACAUCGAUGCUUUUAAGAGGCACAGCUUUGCCGAAGGUACUUUCGAGAACUACUCUGCCUCAAAACAGUACUCAAGGCAAAUGUAUACGAACACUGACAAUAAUGAGUACCGCUUCCAGUCAAGCCAGUUUCAGAAAAGUCAAUUUGUCCAGAUGGAGCGCCCAGGGCGGACUCAGGGGCUCUUUGAGAAAAUCAGAGGCAACAGAGGAUUGCAAGAAAUGGAUGAGAUGGACUCGAGGUUUCCUCCUUUCAAAAAUUUGCAAGGAGAAGGCAACUUUGCUCUUGAAGGACCUCACACAAGGCUUAGCUACAACGCUUCAAAUUCAUCCCGAGAGGUUCGACAUGGCUCGGACCAGGUGGUUCUUGGGGACGAGGGUAGAUUUGGGCAGAGAUCACAAUCGCGGCAGAAAUUUAUGUGCCAAAUAUCACCCACGCAUAAGCAGGGCGCAGAGCAGAGACAGUUUUUCCAGGACCAGGAUGCUGAUAAAAAGACCCAACAAGACAACAAGCAAGGUUUACGCAGCUGGCGUAUCUCCUCGUACUUGAGUGGUAUUCAGCCGGACCACGAUGAAGAAGGGAUGCCAAUGAGUAUAGAUUCAGAACCCUUCGAUGAUGCACCAGCUCCAGCAAACCCUCAUGAGUCACUUAUGAGGUAUUCAAUUGAUCCUAUCCCUCCAUACAAGCCUGUAUUAGCAGUUCAUGAUGCCCCUAUGGUCGUUGAACCAACAAGAGAGAUAGCAGUAUUGGAGAAGGAAAAAUCAGUAUUGGAGAAGGAAAAAGAAGAUACUUUCCUAUCGAGACACGAUUCUUUCCGGACACGGACCAAUCCCUUGAUCCAAAGAAGUUCCCGUCUAAGAUCAUCGCUUAUAUUUAGCAACUCCAAGGUAGAGCAGCACAGUUCUACUGUUGAGGCUAUGCAGACAGUUCAGAAAGAGCAAAGUAGCACUGAGAUAGUCAAAGACGAUGAGAUUUUCAAGAAGUCAUCUAAAGUGGCAGAGAUUUUAGAGAAAUAUCGAAGUGUUAACAAAGACGGUGAAACUACUGCAAUGGCAGAGUCCAAAUCAGCUGCAGCAUUCAUCCAAGAGGAAACAGGGGAUGGAAAGAAGAAAAGCACUGAAACUGUAGCAUUCAAAUCUCUGGAGUCUAAGUUGCUGGACAAAGAUUCAUUUAGUCGAACUCUUCUUGAAUCCCAAUAUCGUUCCUCAGUUACUUCCAAGUUCCAAGACCUUUUUAGCAAAGAGAAAGUUACUAGUUCCUUCACCAAAAUUGAGCAGAAGAUGUCUAGUUUUCACACAAUGGAAAGCAAUAUCCCUGCUCUUCCCGAGAAGCAGAGUGGACCCAUUAUCACUGAGGUUGUAGACCCUCCCAAGCCAGCAGAGAUUGAACCACCAAAGUCAACAAAUGGUGUUCGCUCUGGUCUUACAUUUGGCAAUGCUCUAGAAAGUAUGUCACAAAACCCAACCCCUGUCCAAUCUGCUGUACCUAUCACCUCCUUGACCAAGUCAGAAGAAGAAUUGUCCAAGUCAGAGACUCCCAUGGAGUUCAUCCGGAAGGGGUCCUUGAGACUAAAACAGUUUUUGCAGUCCAAAGCUGAGAAGAAGGCUGAUGAAGAUUUGUCUUCUGAUGCAGCUAAAGUCGAAAAACAGAACAACGCACUCAGACGACUCUCUAAAAACGACAUCUCAGAACCUAUCCCUAUAGUGGACCCAGAAGACAAGACCACUAAAGUCGUAUCCGCUUCUCCUCCAAAAACAAGCACUCAGAGCAGGUUGUCCUCUUCAACCUCAAAUGUCAUCUUCAGCAGUAACCUACGUGAUGAUACCAAGGUGAUCUUAGAGCAAAUAUCUGCAAAUAGCCAGAAAAACCGUGCAGAAAAGGACAAGCAAUCUCAAGCCUUGUCCACAAACGAUUCAGAGGUGACAUCCCAUAGCACCAACUCGUCGGAGACCAAAGCUGAACAGAUCCCUAGCCCCGACUCUUCUUCUUUAGCUAGGAGCGGGAGCUUCCUAAGUAGGAGUCGUUUUUCACGGCCAUCGACAACCUCAACAGAAGAUAGGGACAAUCUGCUGAGGAGAAUGGAAAGCAUUAGGAAGGAGAAGAAAGUUUAUAGUAGAUUUGAAGUAUUUUGUAAAAAGGACGACCAGCAAGCUGAGGAGAUCGAGGAUGACCCAAAGGACAGGAAAGGAGGAAAAUUCAUGCCUAAGCUUUUAGGAACUUUAAUUAAGAAAUGAUUGUAGACUGGGUACUCGUAAUACCAUCUGGUGCCAACCCCGUCUCAUCUCCUGAGGACCUUCUCAUGUUAUCAAAGCCAGCAAAAAUUUUAAAUAUUGGAUUUUUUCCAUAACUUAUGUGGGAUCCUAAAGAGAUGCAACAGAUUACAAACUGAAUACACAGAGAUAAGCGGUUUACUUGCCAACUGGCUUAAGAACAAAAUUAUAGGCUUUUUUUUAUUUAGUUCUUCCAAGCCUUUUACCAAAGAAAUGUCUCCAUGUGUGCCUGGAACACGAAGCACUGAGCAGCCCCUACACAACGUGCCCUUUUUAGAUUAGAAGGAAAAGAUAACAAUUUUUUAUAGUCUUCUCAACAAUUCUGAACACAAUAUCUUGGUUUUAUCUUCAAGAAGUACAUCAGAGCUAGAAGUAUUUUUCUUAGUUUUGGGUAGAGCGAGGUAGGAAUAGAACACCUCUUAGGAUUUUGCUGCUAUCUCGGACUCCGUUAGAGCGAUCUCCCUUCAUUUUCUGUCGAGGUCACAAUAAUGUCCCCAGGCAGGAAGUGAGGGAAAAUCCAUGACAGUGACACACAGUAAAUCCAUUGUUCUAUUAGACUAUGGCUACCCAUCAGAAAAUGCAUCGGAAUUGACGUUGUGAACAAAAUUGCUUUAUUGCGUUCCAGCAUGGCUGCUAAUGCGUUUCCUAAUGUGACAGAACACAAAGGCGGCAGCGGACAUCAUCUUACACCCAAGCAAGUCUUCAAUUUCACACUUAUUUUAGCAGUUAACUCACCUUAUAUACUGAAAUGGACUAUUUCACUGCAACAGUAUAUGAUUGGUUUGCCGCUGAGCAGUUGCGGGGUGUACCAAGAUGGCCGCCGCCACCUUCUGCCUGCCUGCCUGGGUGUAAGAAGAUGUCCACUGCUGGCUUCAUGUUCUGUCAGAUUAGGAAACCUAUCGAAACACAUAGCGGCCAUGUUGGAAUGCAUGGCCCAUGCGCAGUAAGCAUUUUUGCUCAGUACGUCGCUUCCAUUACAUUCUCUCAUGAGUAGCGAUAUUCUGACAGGACACCGGCCAUAGACGUUUCAAAUUCCUGUUGAACCAGCUGAGAUUGAACCAUGUAUGGGCAGGCUGAAUGUACCCAAGUUAAUGGAUCGAUCAACUUGGGUACAACCGGCUUGUCGAAUUUUACCUGAGUUUAUUGCUAGCAAGGGGAACACAAUGGCUCUGUGGGAGGUAUUCCCCCAUCAACGCUGACUGUGUUGAUGGGGGAAUCAAGCAAUUUUCUUUCCGACAACCCGUGGUUGCCGGGAGUGGCGGCUGGUGGGUCGGUCCUAUGAUACCGAGAGAAGAGUGUGUCUGGGGUCUGCAGCGCUACGGCCAGCACUUCCCUUCAAUGGUGCCACUCCUCACUGAAUCCACCGCAAGCACUCCAGUCGACUCCACCCCCACUGUGGCCAGGAAAUCGGAAGUGAUGUAAAUGGCACCGCCCACGCCCACUGUCCUCUCCUUUGGUGUCCGGCCCCAGACGACUUCAACCCCACGGGUGACGCAAAGGGUACCGCCUAGCUGUUCUCUCCUCCGGUCCCCACCACGCCAAUCCUAGCCAGUUACCAUAGGCAUACUGACGAAUCCCAGUAGAGUGAGAGUGUGGGCACACAGCUUGCACCCUUUACACGCCCUAAACACGGGCAAAUCAGUUUCCCAGCCAGCAAUCAGCUGAUUGCAGGCUGGGAAGCUUCCCAUAGACUGCCGCAUGUCCGGAGCCUGGUCACUCUUAAAAAAUUUUAAUAAAAUUGUCACUUUAACAGCUUGGGUGGGGACGAGCCACCACUGGUUGCCGGAAAGAAAAACGCUCUGUCUAUGGCCGGCCUAAGUAAAGCGCUGACAGAGGUUUUAGCCUUUCUCUACUCUUAUUUCUGUCUGUGUUGCUAUUGUAGAUAAACCUUCACUUCCUAUCUGGUGAAACCAUUGUCAUUAGGACAGGAAGUGGAGGGGAAAUCUCUCUAACUGAGCCCUGGAUAGCGAUGGAACCCCAAAAGAGGGUCCUAAUCCUUCCCAACUCUGUCCAAAAAAUUUAAGAUUUGACUCGGCAUACACUUACAUUUUUUUAAACCAGCAAUUGGCAAGCCAAGACUUUGCGGUCAUUGUGGAAUCAUAAGCCAAGUCUGCUGGGACUGCAAGUUCUUCAGCAGCUGAAGCACCUUCAGGCAAGUUAAUUCUGCGUUUACAAUUGAUGCAAUAAUGUAUUCAGCCAGAUUACAGAAGCUGAAUAGCCAAAUUCUGCUGGAGAGUUGUAGAAAACAUUGAGGGGUGAAAGCAUUUUUUAUUUUUAUGGAUGUGUUUUGGGCACAAUAAGAACCAGGAAUACAUUCAGCCGCAGUCGCUGUUUUUUUUUACAAGCUGUAAAUAUAUAUUUGUUCGCAGUAUACAUGGGUUCUUUUCUGAAAUUUGUAUUGUGUCAUUCCAGAAGUCACAUGGUAUUAUUUUUUCGUAUAUCCUUAUGUGACCUUAGCUACAAAAUUUUGGCUUAAUAUUUUAAUGCCACCUUUGUGUUUUUGCACAUAUUGGAGUUUAGCAAAUGCUGUGUUGCAAAGAAAAAAAAAAAAAAAACAAGAAAAAAAAAAAA